CAUAAGACAGUUUUCAAAUUUUUUCCAGUAGACUAAAUUCCGGGUCUAAUAUCAAUAUGUUAAAAUCAAAUAAGUGGAUAUUUGCAUUGAUUAUUUGCUUUAUAAUUGUCAAAAAUUCAUCUGGGCUACCCAGGAAUUCUUCUCUUCGUGAUCAUGGAGAUGAAUGCAGUACAGAUAGCGAAUGUGCUUCAAUAAACGGUCUUUGUUCAUCUCAACAAAAAUGUGUUUGCAAACCUUUAUAUGAAUUUUCAAAUGGAAAAUGCACUGCAGCUCUUGGCGCCCAUUGUGAAGAACCUUCAGACUGUAACAUUGAAAAUGUCUCUUGUUCAGACCAGAAAUGUUUUUGUCCAGAAAACAUGCAUUUAGCUAGAAAUAAAACUUCUUGUAUAAGAACCGCUAUAGCUAUUGGUGAUUCUUGUGAACAAACUGAAGAUUGUCAGAAAGUUGAGCACUCACAUUGUUCUAGUAGUAAAUGCGAGUGUAAAAAUAAUUAUUUUGAACAGAACAAACAAUGCGUUAAAGGAAUAGGCGCAGAUUGUACAAAUAAAUCUGAGUGCAUGGUAAUUGAUUCUGAGUGUACUGGAAAUAAAUGCAGUUGCCCAAAAAAUAUGCAUUCAGCUCGAAAUGGAACCUCUUGUAUAAAAAACGCUACAGUUCCUUCCGAUUUCUGUGAAAAAGGUGACGAUUGUAGUGCCGUAAUGCAUACAAGUUGUGAAGGUAACAAAUGUGAGUGCCAGGAUCCGUAUUUUGCAAGCAAUAAAAAAUGCGUUGCAGAACUUGGCACUCCCUGCGACAAACCUUCAGAUUGUAACAUUGAAAAUGUCUUUUGUUCAGACAAAAAAUGUUCCUGUCCAGAAAACAUGCAUUUAGCUGUAAAUAAAACUUCUUGUAUAAGAAACGCUGCAGCUCCCCUCGAUUUCUGUGAAAAAAAUGAAGAUUGUAGUGCCAUAAUGCAUACAAGUUGUCGGAAAAACAAAUGUAUGUGUAAAGAUAAGUAUUUUGCAAAAUAUGGUAAAUGUGUUGCAGAACUUGGCGCACCCUGCAACGAACAUACAGAUUGUAAUAUUGAAUAUGCCAUUUGUUCAGACAACAAAUGCUAUUGCCCAGAAAUCAUGCAUUUAGCUCCAGAUAAAACUUCUUGUAUAAGAAAUGCUGCAGCUCCUGGUGAUUUUUGUGAACUAGCUCAAGAUUGUCAGAAUGUUAUGCACUCGAAUUGUUCUACUAGUAAUAAGUGCGAGUGUGUAGAGAACUAUGUGGAACAAGGCAAACAAUGUGUUGCAACAAUCGGAAUUCCGUGUAAACAAAAUAAUGAUUGUCAACUUUUGAAUACUUUAUGUCACGGAAGCACUUGUCAGUGUGAAAAGCAAUACGUUGCUUUGUCCAACAAACAAUGCGAGGAGAUUUCCAGUUACGGAAAUUCUUGUACCGAUCAAAAACAAUGUGCCUGUAAAAACUACCCCAAUUGUUUCCUGAACGAGACUUAUAUUGAUCUUGUUUGUUCCGAAAAAUGCGAAUGUCCAAACGAUUACCAUUAUAUUCCCGAAAAAUUCUCUUGUGUUCAUACUGCAAAAGCUUUAAAUGACCAAUGCGAUACCGAUGACAACUGUAAAUUUCUAAGAUAUUCAAUUUGCUCUAAUAAAAAAUGCACAUGCGCGAAAAAUCACUUUGUGCAAAACGAACAAUGCGUCAAAGGGAUUGGCGCUGAUUGUUCACGUAACAGCGAUUGUCGAGUGAUUAAUUCUCUUUGUACUGCCUCUAAAUGCAGUUGCCCAAAAAAUAUGCAUUUAGCUCUAAAUGAAACCUCUUGUAUAAAAAACGCUAUAGUUCCUUUCGAUUUCUGUGAACAAAAUGAAGAUUGUAGAGACAUAAUGCAUACAAAUUGUUUAGAUAACAGAUGUAAGUGUGAAAUUUAUUAUUCCCCGACAAAUAAAAAAUGCGUUGCAGAACUUGGCGCCCCCUGCAACAAACCUACAGACUGUAACAUUGAAAGUGUCUCUUGUUCAGACAACAAAUGUUUCUGUCCAGAAAACAUGCAUUUAGCUCGAAAUAAAAGUUCUUGUAUAAAAAACGCUAGAGCUCCCCUUGAUUUCUGUGAAAAUAAUGAAGAUUGUCAGUUCGUUAAUCAUACAAAUUGUGUGAAAGAAAAAUGCGUAUGCAAAUUUUUUUAUUUUCCGAAAAAUGGAAAAUGCGUCACAAAACUUGAGGCAAUUUUGGCCGGAAUUUGGGAUGUCAUUAAAGGAUAUUGAGACAGAGAACCAUCGGGUCAUUCAAAAAGUUGCGAAACACAAAAAAUGAAAUAGAAAUUUUGGAAAAAUGAAUUACUCGCCCCCUCCCCCCACUCUUCUUUAACAUAACCUUCAAUUUCUAUAACUGAAUUAUGAAAUAAUUACGAUAAAUUGUUGUUUAUUAAAUUUAUGUUUUAUUAAUAAUAAUUAAAGGUCAUAAAUAAUUACAAUUAAAUUACAAAUUUGAAAAAUAAAAAUAAUGAACAACUUUUUUUAACUAUUUGUGAAAAAAUAUCCUAUAUUUACAUAUUUAUUUAUUUAUCAAUUAAUUAAUUAAUUAAAAUUCUAUUAUUUAUAAACAAAUUUUAAUUGUGCGUUAAAAUAAUAAUUUU